AUGGCGUUCCUUGAGUUGACCGCUCCCCGCUCUCCCACUCCGGAGUCGGCCUCAACCAUCUCCUCUGAGGACAACAAACUUGUUGCCCUUACCCCUCCCUCUCAUACCUUCGCGGAGGCUACCAACACUACCUCUGCUGAGGUUAAUGUUGACAACACCGACAAGGUAAGCCUACAAUCUCCAAUCAAGGAUCAUGAGCUAAAGGAGCCCAAGGCCUUCGAUCAGAUGAUCGCCCACCUCAACGCGAUGCGAGCCAAGGUUCAGGCCCUUGAGUCGGAGAACAUCGAGCUCAAGGCCCAAGUCGAGCAUGAGAAGUCCUCCAAGGAGCAGUUUUCCAACAGCCUUGACGAAGCCAACCGCAACUGGCGCUUUGCUGAGUCUGAAUCCGCUGCCAAGGUUCAGGCUCUCGAGUCAGAGAACAAUGAGAUCAAGGCUCAAGUUGAGUACGAGAAGUCAUUCAAGGAGCACUACUCCCGAAGCCUCGACGAAGCCAACCGCAACUGGCACUCUGCAGAAUUUGAGGCUGCUGCCAAGGAAGCCGAGCUUGGUCGUGUUCGCGAGCGUCUGAGCCUUAUCGAAGCUCAGGUCACUGAGCAGGCGGAGCUUCAUGCCGUCAAGGAACAGAACACAGAACUUCAGGCUCGUUACCGCUACCAGUUCUAUCUGACUACACAUCACCAUGUCCAGACACUCAAGCAUAUGAUGCACGACUGGAAGGCUCAGGUGGUGCAGAAGAUUGAUGAAGAGUAUGAGAAGAACAAGGAGAAGGAAAACGACUCCGCUGCUGCAGUCGAUGCCGAGUACGAACGACUCAAGGCUCUGAUCGAAGGUCAUGACUACAUCAUCACCAACAUCAAGAAGGGCAACGAAAAGUUUGCCACUCUGAUCAAGGAUCUCCGAGAGAGCGAGUAUCCUACUCUCACGUCCGACCUUGCUGCGGAUCGCUUUGAAGCUUUCUUGAGCGAACGUGAGAAGAUGGUUGCUCAGCUUGAGCAGGAGAAACAGGAGACUGUCGAGAUGAUUCCCACCGAGACCAAGGAGCCGACCAAGGCUGAACGAAAGAAGGCAAAGAAGGCUGCUAAGAAGGCGGCGAAGAAGGCUAAGAAGGCCAACGAGAAGAAGUAA